GUGUCGGGUUGAUCGUCUUCACCGGAUGAUGUAUCGCUCAAGUAUUGUUUGAUGUUAUUUUGCGGCCAUGCACAGAUUGUCUUUUGUCGUUUAUGUAGUUUUGUCUUUUGUUUUGUUGGAAUUGUCGUUUUGCGUAGAGAUCUACCGACGGGACAUUCUCAAAGCCAGAGAGGAACGCUGUGGUGCUGUGGACCGCCUGCCUCAGCUGAAACUCUACACAGCUCUACAUGGACAGGAUGUGUGCGUCCGUGUGCGGCUUUAUGUGGAACCUCUGCUGGCAAAUGAAGCUUUGAAGAUAGACUUCAGUGACUCAGAAACGGGUGCCUCCCACACACUCUUCAUCUGGAACAGAAACAGCACUCUCUUGUGGAACAGCACUAACGGGGAGCAGUUGUUUCAGCCUCAUAAAGCUAAAGUUCAGACACGCAAGACGACCACGACACCCCAUCGGACGUAUUGGAUCCUGCGGUAUGACUGUUUCCCGGCUCAGUCUGGCUCUGAGGUCAGCAUGUCUGUUUACAGCCACAGUGAUAUGCUGAUCAGUGCAUCUUAUAUCGUUGAGCACGUCAAAACAGACUAUGAAGACUCAAUGCCUGAAGCCAGUGUCACCGUGGAUAACCGUGCUAAACAAUUCAUUGUUAAGUUGCAAACAGAUCAAAUUGUGAGGAUCAGCCUGUGUUACAAGCAUUCAUAUGCAGAGUGUAAUGAAUUAACCUAUUUUGGUCAGAUUGACCCAAAAGUGAAUCCGACAGUUAAUCUGAGCUUCUCUUACCUGGUGCCAUGUCUCUGUGUACAGAUGUGGUAUACAGGAAUUGACACAAGAAGAAACAUAAAGUGUCCCUUAAAAGAGAGCGUACUGCCACAGGGAGGUGAUAUCUUGUCUUCGAGUUCAGCUAGAGUUCUCGGCUCUGUUCUGCAUUGGGAGCCUGUCUGCCCCUCUGACCAAUCAAAUCCCUCUGUCUCUCUGUGCUGGCUUAUUCAUGGGCGGAGCUUUUACUGUGUCCCUGCCCCCAACUCCACCCUGUACAGCACACAGCACCUGAAAUAUAAUGUGUCUGCCGUCGAUAAACACCCUCAUAUGUGUGUAAAGUUUUCUCUAAAUGGCAGUCAUCAAGUCUUCUGCCCCUUUGUGUCAGAGGGGAAGUCUGAAUGGAGUGUGACCGUUGUUCCUGGAUCUCUGCACCUGCAUGUGCGACUCACAUCUACCACAGCAGCUUCUUUUGCUGCUCAGCUGUGUGUCAGAGACGGAGCACAGUGUGCGUCUGAUGGACCUGUCAUCUCACGCCAUGUGGACGGGGGCACCACAGAGUCUGAGUUUAGUGUGCCGUUUCCCUUCCUCUCAUCAGAACUGUGUGUACAGGUGUGGUGCUUGGAUCCAUUUCUCCUUGGCAGACGAAUCAUUUGUCCUGAGUACACUCACAGGAGAUGGGGGCUCAUCAUUGGUGCUGCAUUUACCCUCAUGGUUACAGUGACAGUGCUGGUCUGCAUCACAUGCUACUUUCUCAAAAGAAGCACAUCAGUGUGGCGUUCUGCUGAAAGGAGACCCUUGCUGCUCGUGUGCUCGUCUGACAAUACAGCCCACGUUACUGCCGUGUGUUCUUUGGCAUCUGGCCUGCAGGGGGAGCUGUUCAUGGACGUGAGGCUGGCGCAGUGGGCGCAGUGUCGCUCUCAGUCCUCUCUGGCUCAGCUGGGACCCGUGCCGUGGCUGUUCGGUCAGUGUCACGCCGUGCAGAAGGCAGGCGGUGUCGUCCUGAUCGCCUGGAGCCCUGACGCCCAUCAGGCCUAUCUGAGAUGGCAGAAGAGCAAUUCAGUAGCGAAGAGAAAAGGUGCGUCUGGGAUGUAUGGGUGUGCCGAAGAUUGUUGUAAAGACAAGGAGAAGAUGUGCAAUGAUGAAGAAUGGAUGGAGCAAUGGCAGCAGUCCUCUUCGAUCACCGCUCCUGUGUUUAACUCCGCCCUCGCCUGUCUGUGGGCGAGUAUACACAGCGACAGCAAAGGCCAGGGAUUCGGAUUGGUUUGUUUCCAGGGUAUUGACGGCAGCAGUGACAUCCCGAAACAUCUCAGAUGUGUGCGAAGAUACUGUCUCCCAACAGAUCUGCCCUCUUUAAUAGACAACCUGGGCAGCUCGAUGGAUGGAAUGGGAAAAACCGAAGGAAGUCGCCGAUGCUGGUCACGACUUGUGUCGAAAGCGCUGUCGUUCUUUGCAUCACACCAGCUGGCGCCGAGACUAAAGGCAGGACUGCCCGUGUCAGACAGGUGCAGCUCCAAGAUCAUUCCGAAGUUCUCGCGGAAAUUAAAGAGCGGCACAAAAUGGAAGAUGUUGAAACGUAAGAAACGGCAAAGUAAAGUCACGUCAUCGUGUUUGUCUAGAAAGAAAUCAAGUGAGGCGGAACUACUAGGAGCACAAGUAUGAGAUGAACCUGCUCUGGAGUUUCUGACUGGGACGUAAUGAUGAUGUAAACACAAAGCUGAUUUUGACUGAUGAUUGCACUUCACUUGUGUUGUUGUCUUUUUAUUGUUUCUUUACUCAAGACAAGACCUACGCUCAAGUGCACAAUCAUCCACAACGUCAUUCAAGUGUGUCCAACAGGAGGCAGCAAACUAUCAAACUACCCGCUCAUUAAAUAUUAAUAAACUGAAGGCAAUGGUAAUAUGAAUAAUAUAUGUAAACAUUUCUAAUUGUGUGUUUUUGUAUAAGAAACUGCAUCAGUGGACUUGUAUGGUUGUUUGAUAUAUUUUAAGUCCACAAAAUUCUCUGAAAAUGUCUCACAGCAAACCAGGUUUGGGUUUAAAGGAAAAGUUCACCCAAAAAUCACCUCAGGUCAUUUGAAACCUGUAUGACUUUCUCUCUUCCGUGAAACACAAAAGGAGAUAUUUUGAAGAAUGUUUGGACCAAUGUUUUCCAUACAUUUGUGAACAGUGAUUUUAACUGCCAAGCUAAAAAAAAGAACAAAACACAAAAAAAAAAAAAAAAAAUGCAAACAUUUUUUAUACGUUUCACGAAGGAUUGCAUCAGUGGACUUGUAUUCGUACCUAUAACAGCUAUACUGUACCACACAGUUUACUGAAAAUGAAAUUGAAGUUUAGUUACAGGAGUAGUUUGGGUUGAUCAGGUCAAUUAGUAAAGCUGGACAGUUAAGUAAGGAGUAAGUACGAGAUAAUGACAGAAGGGGCUGAUUUUGUAUUAAUGACCAGCAUUAUUCAGUGUAUUACGAUUAUUUGCCAAAUGAAUAAAUCCACUAUUUUCCUGCA